AGGGGAGCUGAAAGAAGACUUGACACUCACGGUGUCCGACGCAGUGACCCACAAGACACAGGAACAGCACCUCAAGGACCUCGAGCAAGUCUUCCAGCGGCUGCAAGAACACCGCCUCAUCACGAAGGGCUCUAAGUGCGAGUUGCUAAAAUCCGAACUGGAAUUUUUGGGACAUGUCGUGGGAGCAGACGGCAUCAAAAUCGACCCGAAGAAAAUCACCACGAUUCGCGACUGGAAGCCGCCGACGAAUUUACAGGAGCUGCAGAGUUUUCUCGGGUUCGUUAAUUAUGUCCGACGGUUUAUCCCCAAUAUGGCAGGGAUAACCGGACCGUUAACUGACCUGCUGCAGAAGGGCACUUUGUUUGAGUGGGGGGAGAGACAGCAGACUGCUUUCGAUGAACUGCGAAAUUUUCUGACGUCGCCCCCGGUCCUCCGAAUCGCCGACCCAUCUCGACCGUUCGAAGUCUUGACGGACGCUAGCGAUUUCGCCAUUGGAGCGAUACUGUUACAAGAUUUCGGCGACGGACUCCAACCCAUCGCGUAUGAGUCCCGGAAGUUGCAGGCAGCCGAGCGCAACUACCCCGUCCACGACAAAGAAAUGCUCGCCAUCGUACACGCAUUCAAAGUGUGGCGAUGCUACCUGACGGGAGCCGACAUGACAGUACGGACAGACCAUAAAUCGCUACAGUACCUCCGCGCGCAGCCGAACCUCAAUCCACGACAGAUUCGCUGGCUGGACUUCCUCGAAAGCAACUUCCACUACACCAUCACGUACAAACGGGGGGCGAAUAACAUCGCCGACGCACUGACACGACCGUCCGCCCACCUUGCCUCCGUCAUCAUUGCGAAAUCAAACCCACUGCUCACUGGACUAUUUACCCACGGCUACCGCACCGACCCCUUUUUCACCCGCAACCUCCACCAACAAGCCACCACAGCCAAGGGACCCUACUUCCUCAAAGCCGGUACUGAUCGUAUCUGGGUUCCCGCCUACAGACUCCUCCGCGAAUUACUUAUUCAAGAAGUCCACGAUUCUAACCUCUCCGGUCAUUUCGGGGUUGACAAAACCCAGAAGUUACUUCACCGUUUUUAUUAUUGGCCUGAUUCGGCGUCUGAUGUGCAGAGAUACGUAUCUGUGUGCCCGAUCUGCCAACGCAUGAAGUCUUCUCGACAGCGACCAGCUGGCCUGCUGCAACCGCUCAAGCCACCCCAGCGACCGUGGCAGCAUGUGACAAUGGACCUCGUCACAGGGCUCCCGGCAGCAGCCACGGGCAACGACGCCGUGCUGGUCGUCGUCGAUCGACUGACGAAGAUGGCACAUUUCGCACCCUGUCGUACAACAAUCACAGCCGAAGACACCGCGAAGCUUUUCAUCUCCACCGUUGUCCGCCUGCACGGCCUACUCUCAGCGAUCAUCAGCGACCGCGACCCCAAAUUCACGUCGAAGUUCUGGCAGGAGACAUGGGCACAGUACGGCACACGCCUCCAAGUCUCCUCCGCCUACCACCCUCAAACCGACGGUCAAACUGAACGGACCAAUCAGACCAUGGAACAGCUCAUCCGCACCAACUGCCUCGAUCCUGCUCGGUGGGAAGAAUUUCUGCCCAUGCUGGAAUUUUCCUACAACAAUGCCCCAUCUGCGACGACUACUCACUCGCCGUUUUUCCUAAACUACGGGAUGGAUCCGACCGUCCCGACGACUACCCACAUCGACAACCCCAACAUUUAGUUAUGUCUACACAUACCGUA